GAGGGGAAAAUGUCAAAUCAACGUACAUAAAGGCUGGAUUUAAUAAAAGUGUGUGAGACAGUGAAAGCAUCAUCACGGGGACUCGGUCGCUCCGUGCAGCUGAGCAGGCGACUUCUGGUGGACAGCCUCCUCCUCCAUGUAGACACACAGAGGUCGCAGAGAAGAAACCCACCGCUUCAGCUUGCUCUCCGACAGCCUCCAUGUAGCUUCACUCGACUCUGUCAAAGCUGCAAAAUGAAACGAAGAGGAAAUAAUGAGUGAAAACACCUGGGUGCGGCGUACUUCACGUGAAAAGCUUUCGCACAGCCGGAGGUCGAUUUUUGCCUUUUGUAUUUCCUUGCUGAAUGUCGUGGACAUUUUGGAUUUUUAAUGCUCUGUGUCGUCAAGUCUUAACAGCCGAGGACCAUUUUUCUCUUGUCUUCAUCUUCGGUUAGUUUGUUUGAGUCAGUCCGUACUUUUAAAACAACUGAGGACGACGUCGUUAAACUACUUGGCUCGCCGAUGAGAAUGUGCGUACUGGGCCAGCCUCGAGUUGCUCUUUAAGGGGGCAACGUUAGCUAGCUGCUAGCACUAGCAAACCCCCUAUUGAACUACCCUCAAGCAAAUCUUCUGAAGCGAGCUCAUGCUCACGUCUCGACAUAUUUUUUGGAUAGUAUCACCCUGUCUGUCACCUGGACAUCAUUAAAUGAGACGCUGACUCGACAGAAAUUCAGAUAAGCAAAUUGUUGCUGUUGGAUCUACCAUCUGACAUCCACUGGGAUCCAGGCGCUUGAGUCCUAAAUGACAAGUGCCUGAGGAUGUCCAAGCGGAGCUUGUUUGUUCGUCUGGUGCCGUGCCGCUGCUUGCGGGGUGAGGAGGAGGCAGUAACAUCGCUGGACUACUCCCACUGCAGCCUGGAGACUGUUCCUAAGGAGAUCUUUAGCUUUGAGAAGACCCUGCAGGAACUCUACCUCGAUGCCAACCAAAUCGAGGAGCUGCCUAAACAACUGUUUAACUGCCAGUUACUCCACCGACUGAGCAUGCCAGAUAAUGACCUUACAGUGUUGCCAGCAGCGAUUGCAAACCUCAUCAAUCUCAGGGAGCUUGAUGUCAGCAAAAACAGUAUCCAGGAGUUUCCAGAAAACAUUAAGAACUGCAAAGUCCUAGCUAUUGUAGAAGCCAGUGUGAAUCCCAUAUCCAAGCUCCCAGAGGGCUUCACUCAGCUUCUGAGUCUGACGCAGCUCUACCUGAAUGAUGCCUUCCUGGAGUUCUUACCAGCCAGCUUUGGCAGGUUGACUAAACUACAGAUCCUGGAGCUGAGGGAGAACCAGUUAAAGAUGUUGCCAAAAAGCAUGCAGAAGCUCACACAGCUGGAGAGGUUGGACCUGGGGAGUAAUGAGUUCACUGAAGUGCCUGAGGUGUUGGAGCAGCUGACUGGAAUCAAGGAGCUGUGGAUGGACGGGAACAGACUGACGUUUUUACCUGGGAUGCUGGGGAUGCUCAAACAGCUGGUGUACCUGGAUGUGUCCAAGAACAACUUAGAGAUGGUGGAUGAGCAAAUCUGCGGCUGUGAGAGUCUGCAGGACCUUCUGCUUUCUAACAAUGCCCUCACACAGCUGCCGGGCUCCAUCGGCUCACUGAAGAAACUGACUGCACUGAAAGUGGAUGAGAACCAGCUGAUGUACCUGCCAGACUCAGUCGGAGGGCUGACAGCACUGGAUGAGCUGGACUGCAGUUUCAAUGAGAUCGAAGCCCUGCCCUCGUCCAUCGGCCAGUGUGUCAGCAUCCGCACCUUCGCUGCAGAUCAUAACUUCCUCACCAUGCUUCCCCCUGAGAUGGGCAACUGGAAGAAUGCAACUGUGCUGUUCCUACAUUCCAACAAGCUGGAGACUUUGCCUGAAGAGAUGGGCGACAUGCAGAAGCUUAAGGUUAUCAACCUCAGCAACAACAAGUUGAGGAAUCUUCCCUACAGUUUCACUAAACUGAACCAGAUGACUGCAAUGUGGCUGUCUGAAAAUCAGUCAAAGCCCCUGAUCCCUCUCCAGAAGGAGGAGGAUCCAGAGACACACAAAACCGUGCUGACCAACUACAUGUUCCCGCAGCAAACCAGGACUGAGGAGUACAUCCCCAACUCCGACUCUGAGAGCUUCAAUCCAGCUCUGUGGGAGGAACAGCGCAAGCACCGAGCUCAGGUGGCCUUUGAGUGCGACGAGGACAAAGAUGAGAGAGAAACACCCCCGAGGGAGGGAAACCUUAAGCGAUACCCUACACCAUACCCAGACGAGCUGAAGAACAUGGUGAAGACAGCGCAGUCUGUGGCUCACAGGCUGAAGGAGGACGAGUCAAGUGAUGAGUCGGGGAAAGAAGCAAAACCAGUUGAGAGGAACCACAUUGGAGUACAGGACGUGGGAGUUAAGGUGAUCGAAGCUCCCUGUCCUAAUGGCAUGCCAUCAGACGUGGAGGCCCAAUUAUCUACCAACGCAUUCACCCAAAACUCCUCUGCGACGGAAUCGAAAGACACUUCAGAGUCUUACAGUUCCCAGACAGUCGCAGUCAAAUCUUCAGCGGGCUCCAUGAUGAACCACGAGGACACACUGGAGGAUUCUGAUGAGCUGUCUGAUGAAGAGGAGGAGAUGAAAAUUGCGGAGAUGAGACCCCCUCUUAUCGAGAUCUCCAUCAACCAGCCUAAAGUAGUGACUCUGAGUAAGGAUAAAAAAGACGAUGCAGACUCUUUGCUGGAUGACACUGUGGCCAACAGCAACCAGAACAACAGUAACUGUUCGUCGCCGUCACGCAUGUCUGACUCAGUGUCUCUGACCACAGACAGCAGUCAGGACAACUCUCUGUGCACCCCCGAGAGGGAGGCGAAGAUGCCCUUCCUACCAAAAAGGCAAGAGGAUGAGAAUAUGAACCAGCCGAAAGACACCACCCCUCUCCUCCAUAACGGUAACGGCUCUGAGACGUCCCUUCAGGCGCUUUUGAAAACCCAGCAGACCCCACCAGAGAAAAUGGGGGACUACGACCUGUCCAUGGAAGCCAGGCUGGCUUUCAUCGAGAAGGGAAUUAACAACGGCAUGGGAGAAACUUACACCAAGUGGGACCAGAUCAAUAUGAACGUGUCCAAGUUGCAGACCGACAACAUGGUCCAGCUGGACGAGGUGGACAAAACCAAGAAUGGCUCAGUAACCCCGCAGGACUUAGACAGCAAGCAGGGUUUUGGCAACAACAACAUGGAGCAUUUUCUGAAUGGAAACCAGCAGGUCAGUGACUGCAUCAAUAGCGUGGGCAACAAAAGCCAAGCAAUGAGAGUAGAGACAUCUGCUGUGCAUGUGGCCUCGACAGGCGUGACAGCCAGCAGUGACAUGUCUCUGUCUCGCAGCACAGAGGAACUGUCUCCGGAUAAAAGGUGCCAUCCCCCGCAGGUGAUGAAGUCUCACAGUGUCAGCAACAUAGAAACGGGGGGGAUGAAGCUAUACUCUUUUGACGGGGAUGAUGACUCCUACGACACAGCAGGGAUGACGAGGAUGGCCGGAGCCGGCCCGGGGCCAGGAGCUCAGGGCCAGAGCAUAGUCAGGAGCAAAUCUGCCAGUCAGUUACUGAAUGAUCAGAGUCUCCAGAUCUACCCCGGCUCCUCUGCAUCCUCCUCAGACCUGCUCUCCUCCUCUAAGCCUCCUGCCAGCACUGGAAGGUAUCCCGUGUCCUCCAGCAUGGCCAUGGGCAUCCCCCCUCCUCAAUACAACAUACAGUACACAAGCAGUGCCAUGCCGAAAGACGGCCUCUGGGCCCAGAGGACGCCCAUGCCUCCAGAGCACCAAGGCUACCUCCCCCCUCCUCCACACUCGCUAGCCAACACCAACUAUUCCAACCGUAAUCAAGCACCUCCUUACCCUCUGCAGCCCCAGCAGAGGGGGCCUCCCAUGGCUCCCAAACCUUCUGGGGACAUGUGGGCUAAAGAGAGACUUCAUUCUACAGGAGGCCAGGCAAGGAGCAGCUCUCUGCAGAGGCAAAGCAGCACCGCCUCCACAGCCUCCAUGGGUGACCCGAGGCGCAUACAGGUGCCUGAAGGGGAGUACAUGACAUACAGGGACAUUCACACCCUCGCCAGGGGGCCGCUGGCAAUGAGCCAGGCCAUGCAGAGGCCCCUCUCAGCUCGCACUUACAGCAUCGACGUACCUGGAGGUUCCAGGCCUCUCGGUGCCAGGCCGCAGCCCCACGAGCUCCCAGAGAGGACCAUGUCUGUCAGCGAUUUUAACUACCAGCAAAGCAGCCCCAGCAAGAGGCCCAACACCAGGGUGAAGUCUGAGCACUCGCUGCUGGACGGGCCGGGACAGGUGUCAGGAGGAGUGGGAGCUGGAAGGGUGCCAGCUGACUGGAGAGACCAGGUGAUGCGGCACAUCGAGGCCAAGAAAAUGGAAAAGGAUGAUGCGUUUCCCCAAGGGCAGCAGGGCUACACCAUGGAUCCCCACAGAAAAGUGCCUUUGAUGAACGGUCAGAUGGGCCCUUCUGUUCGUCCUCAGGUGAGCCAGACGUCCAUGGCCCGCCAUCCUUCCAGAGAGCAGCUCAUCGAUUACCUGAUGCUCAAAGUCUCCCAUCAGCCCCAGGGGCCCCCGCGCAUCCCACACGACACGCUGCAGCAAGAGAUUCGUGUGAAAGUAGAGAAGAAUCCAGAGCUGGGUUUCAGUAUAUCAGGAGGAGUGGGAGGUCGGGGAAAUCCCUUUCGUCCAGAUGACAAUGGUAUAUUUGUGACAAGGGUCCAACCUGAGGGGCCGGCGUCCAUGAUUCUUCAGCCCGGAGAUAAAAUUAUCCAGGCAAAUGGAUACAGCUUUGUGAAUAUCGAUCAUGGGAAUGCAGUGUCCCUCCUGAAGACGUUUCCAAACACUGUGGAUUUGACUAUCAUAAGAGAAACGCAAGCAUAGACUCAACUGAAACUGACCUCUAAUGCGUUUGGGAGUUGGGGGAGGGUGGGGGGACACGAGAGGAGAGCCGAACACAGAAAUUGACGUUGACUCUCAUAUUUUUCUACACAGAGGAGACUGACCUGUUGAUACCUGUUGGGACUAUUUAUAGUAGAGAUCUUCAUAGCCUUGAAUAAACGGGGAGAACCACUGAAUGUAGUGGAUCAAAGCGUGACGGCAGCAAACCUCUGCAAGUACGAGUCCUCAAAAGGCCAUCACUGUGGUAUAUAUAUUUUUAUACAAAAGAAGCUGAAGAUAUGACCUGCUCUGAUGCAAAUAAUUACUGUGGUCUCUGUACAGAUCAUCUUUUUUUUUCAAAUCCUUUGUCACAUAUUAGGUUUUAUUUCAGCAGAUUGACAUGAAUCGACCACUUACGGGACGGAGCUCCCUCUCUUCAGUCAUCCAAUUUGCCUUUUUUCUUUUAAAAAAUUUUUUUAUUCAAGAUGUUGAAACCAUUUUCUGGUCUGCCAUGCGAUCUUUUGACGGAGGACAAUGUUACGUGCUUUUCAUGUGGAGACGAAUGUAGAUCAAGGAGGUGUUUGUUUUUGAUUUUUGGAGAGAGUUUUUUUCUCUCUUCUUGCGAGAUCGAAGAGUCGAAUUGAGGAGAUCAUCCACCCCUGCUUCCAUAAAACCUGUGAACACCCUCCAGUGUACACACGCUUCUGUCCUCAGCUCCGAUUUCCUCACAGCAACUACUCUGCAUAUCACCCAAUCACACCACUACCUGCGCUGUGCGGAGACAAUAUCAACAGCUUCUCACAUGUUGAAGAAAUGCAGUGUACAUGUGGACAUUCAUUGGCAUGGAAAAAUGGGAAGGAAAUUGAGAUAUUGGGGGAUAAUGUUUGCUCUGCCUUAAAUCUGUUUUGCCAGUCAGAAGCUUUUGUUGGAAGCCAGAGUUCGACAUAUUGGGAGAUACGCUCUUUCACUUUCAGGCGGAGUUUGAGAUUUGAAGAUUGAAGCAGUGGAAACUGUCAAUCAUCUCCACUUUUCAUAUCUUUUUUUCCCCACCUAGAAAGCAAAUUAUUCCCAAAAUAUCAGAACUCCUCCUUUAAGCGGAGAUAGAUAUGGCGGUUAUGCUAGUUAACCAAAGUAAGUUUGGAAAUUGUGGACAGGAGGCAAAAGCAGGAGACAACUUAAGAAAGAGAUUUGAAUAGGAACAGGUCAACGUUUCACUCAUGAAUUUUAUUUUUAAAGGGUAACUUGUGUAUCUUUCAACCUGGACCCCAUUUUCCCAUGUAUUUGUUUCCUUAAGAUACUAAUGGGAAUGAUUUUUGAAACUGGUCCACUAUUUAGGAAGAGUGCUGCAGCUGCCAGCAGUGAAAAAGAUUCAGAUGUUCACACCAUAAA